AUGGAUCCAGCCAAGUUUAUUGGAAAAGUAAAAGAGGGAGUGCGCAUGGAGCACAAAUCCCGUCGAAAUUAUCCUCAGGUUUGGACGAAAAUUGCCGAAACUGAGACAAAUAAGUUUUAUCAUCAGGAUGAGAUUGACAAAAAGUUAAAGGAGAAACUGACAUUACAAGAGAUCUGUCCCUAUGAGCAUGAUGGUAAGGGUGACACACACUUUAUUUCACCGGAAAUGCACAAGAAUCUGGUGGAGAUUUGUCGCUGUGGUCGACCCCGACGUGGCAUACACAUGGGCAAAUGUCUGCAGCGGGCAAUCAAUCCAGAUUUGCAGGAUGAAGCCGGAGAAACUAUGAAUCCCAAAAGCGUGCCACGCACAUCGAACUCUAAUAUUGGUUUUCGUAGCGCUGCCUAUAAGAAAUUGGAACAGUCCAUGCAAUACGUUUCUCCCACGCACUCUAUGCCCGGUCCACGCAUAACUGCCGCGCCUUAUAAUACUAUUAUUAUAGGUUAAUUAAAUAGACUAAAUAUUCUAUCUUUAAUUAAAAUCUUAACUGGAGAUUUUCCAGCGGUCAAUUUUGAAUUUUUUUAAACGGUUGUUGCUUUUGGGGAUGUCCCCACUUAUUAGGUUAUCGCAAUCGAUUGAAAACAACUCAAAUCGCAACUGGAUUUACCAGAAAUACAUCGCUGAAA